AUGUUUUCAAAUUUUUUUGGUAGUUCAUCAAAGAGAAAUACCAUUGCAACUCAGCAAAGUAGUAAGAGCAAUAGUAAUGGUAAUAAUAGUACUACUAAUAAUAAACAAACACAGGAUGACAAACCAACAAGCAAUUCAUUACCUAAAUCAAUUCAAUUAAAUAAUAGUAAUGGUAAUAAUUUUUUAACAUCACCAUCAAACUCAUCUCCACCAUCAUUACGUAACUCUUCAAAUAAUUCAUUUACAAUUUCACCUUCUUCAUCAUUUAGUGGUAUCAGUUCAUCAAGUUUUUUAACAACCCAGCAUCAAGGUGUAAUAACAUCAUUACAAAUGAAACCAUCAUGCACAAAUUUAACAGAUGAUGUUGAAAAUAAAAAGAAGCAAAAGUACGACCCAACAUUAGAACAAACUGCACGUAAAUGGGUUAGUGACGUAUUGGAAAUCGGUGAAUUAGAUCCAGAGGUAUCAUUCUUUGAACACUUUAAAUCUGGUGUAUUAUUAUGUAAAUUAGUCAAUAAAUUAAAACCUGGUGUUGUAAAAAAGAUCAACGAAAGCACAAUAUCAUUCAAGCAAUUAGAAAAUAUCGAAAACUAUUUAAAAGCAUGCACCCAUUUAGGUUUGCAAAGUGUUAAUCUUUUCAACUCCAUCGAUCUCUUUGAAAAUAAAGAUAUAACAUUAGUAAUUAGAAAUAUUGUAGUUUUAGGUAAACACGCUGCUAAAAUAGAAACCUAUACUGGUAUACAUUUAGCUGGUGAAAAAAAGAAUAUCAAAAUUACAACUACGCCCGUAUCACCUCUAUUCUCUGCCAAUAAUAGUAUCAAUAGCAAUAAUAAUAAUAGUUUAAACAAUUCCUUAUCACCAAAUAGAAAUAAUAUUUCACCACCCUCUACAAUUUCAAAUAGUUCAUCAAAUGUAUUAAGUAAAUCAACAAAUGGCCAAAAGAAGGCAAAAUGGAGAAAAUCUGUUAAAAUACCAGCUGUUAGUUCUUUAAAUAGUGAUAUUCGUACCAAAGAGGCAUUUAAAUAUUCACCAGAGUUACAAAAAUCUGCUCAAGAUUGGAUUGAAGAGGUUACAAAUGAGAAAUUUAAAUUACCAUUUGCUUCAUCUUUAAAAGAUGGUAUUUUAUUAUGCAAAAUUAUAAAUAUUAUAAUACCCAAAACAAUUUUAUUUAUAAAUAAUGGUAAUUCAAGUUUUAAAAAGAUGGAAAAUAUUGGACAUUAUUUAAAUGGUUGUUUAGCAGUUGGCUUAAAGAAAACAGAUUUAUUUGACACACCAGAUUUAUUUGAAGAAAAGAACAUUAAUUUGGUAAUAUCAAAUAUUCACGUUUUAGCAAAUCAUGUAUCAAAAUUCCAUAGCCAUUUGAAAUUACCAUCAAUUAAAAAAGAUUCAGGAUUAAAUCAUACAAACUCACCAUUAAAGUUAUACUCUUCCAUUAUUCACUCUAGAUUUGGUAAUACUACAUCAACAGUCACCCAGUCACAGAUUGAAGACGCACAAGAUUUAAUGGAUUGGAUCAAUGGCCAUUUGAAAGCCUACCAUCACUUACAAGUUAGAGAUAUAGGUUCAGAUUUGUGUAAUGGUGUAACAUUAUUAACCUUGCUCGAAGAAAUUACCCAGCAAAAAGUUGGUAUAUUCACAAAAGAACCAGUAUUACCAUGGCACUUCAUGCAAAAUAUUUGCUUACUUUUAAAUUUCCUCCGUGACAAUUCAGUCCACAGUGUUUCAGAGUUAUCACCACAUGAUCUAUUCAAUGGCGAUUGUAGUUCAAUUUGUAAAGUAGUCAGAUUAAUCAGAGAUCAUUUUGAUCGUGAUCACUUGUUUAAAUCAAUUCCAAUGGAUACCCGUCGUCAAAAAGUAAUAGAAGAAAUUAUUUCAACUGAGCAAUCCUAUGUAAAAUCACUUGGUACAGUUUACAACUCUUUAAUCAUACCACUUCAUAAUUCUUUAGAUACUUUAAAUCCAAUUUUAACAAAGGAUGAAAUAUUUUCAAUAUUUGGUAAUUGGGAAAUUUUAUUACGUUCACAUGUAAGCCUAUUAAACGAGUUCAAGUCCAAGUUACAAUUAAAUAAUGAUAUUGAAAAUUUAACAAAUAUAGUUUUUAAUUCAAAUAUUACAAUUGGUGAUUUAUUUUUAGAAAAGUGUGAAUUUUUAAAAGACAACUAUGCAAAUUAUAUUAACAACUAUGACAACUCAUAUCAAAGAAUCAAAAGAUUAAGAAAAGGUAACUCAAUAUUUGAUGAAAUUGUAAACACAUUUGAAAUUUUCCAAGAUAGUAAUAAUGGUUUGGAUUUAUAUUCAUAUUUAAUUAUGCCAAUUCAGAGAAUUCCACGUUAUCUCCUAUUAUUGAAAGAGCUUAUUAAAUACACUCCAAUGAACCACCCAGAUUAUCAAAUGCUUAUCAAUGCUAAAGAAAAUAUCAAAAGAGUUGCUGAUCAUGUCAAUGAAUCAAAAAUGGUUGUUGAAAAUAAAAGAAAAAUAUCUUCGAUUCAAGAAUCAAUUUCACAAAUACCUUUUAAUUUAAUGGAUAAAGAAAGAACCUAUAUUAGAGAAGGAUUUUUAGAAAUUGAAGAUACUUUCAAAAAAGAUAGCUAUUUCUUUUUAUUUAGCGAUAUUUUAUUAUAUGUAAAAUAUAAACCAUCAGAAGAAACUGGAAAAGAAUUCAAAUUUAAAGAAAUUUUCUAUUUAGAUCAAGUUGUCGAUGUUAGUGAUAUUUUAUCAGAAGAUGAAGAGUGUAUAGAUGAAAAUAGCAGUAUUAAUGGUAAUAUUGGUAGCGGUGGUGAAUUUACAAGUGGAGAUGAAGAUCAAUAUUUAAGAAAAUCAUGUAAUAGUAAUAGUAAUAAUAGUAAUAGCAACAGAAGUGGUAACACUCCAAAUAGCAACAGUAGUGAACCAAAAUAUUCAUUUGAAAUAGAAACAAAUGAUUUCUGUUUAACAUUAUUAGCCGAAAGUCAUAACGAAAAAAUUGAUUGGAUGGAAGAUUUACGUUCUUGUUUACAACAUCAAUUAAUUAAAGAUGAAGAUCAAUUAAGUGAUCUUUCAAUUAUUUCAGAGGACGAAGACGGUGAUCAAUCUAGUAAUUUAAAUAGUAUUAAUAGUCCAGUUUUUAGUAAUAAUAGUAAUAAUAAUGAAUCAUGUAAAUUAGAAGUUAAAUUUAAUAAUAAUUUAAAUAUUAAUGGUGAAGAAUUUGAACAAGAUCAACAAGAUCAAGAUCAAUUGGAAGAAGAUUAUGAUGAAAACAGUAAUAUCAGCUAUAGCGAAGAAGAAGAGGAAGAAGAAAUAAAUCAAGAUGAUACUUUUGAUGGUAAUGAUUUACACAAAAUCAAGAAUAUUGAUGGAUUUAAAAAAGUUCAUAGACGUUUAGAAUCUGAAGAUACAAUUUCCGACACUGAAUCAGAAGAAUUACGUAUUUUAAGAAAGAAAAAACUACCAAUUUCAUCAUCCAAACGUAUUUCUUUUUCAGAAAAAGUUCAAACCAUUGAUAGAUAA